AUGACUCGACUCGCUGUUUUGAUCACUGUUACUUUUCUUUCCUUGACCGUUACUCACGCCCGCCUUAAUGUACCGGAACGGACCGUCAUCCCCGAAGAAACCGUUACCGAUUUACCCGGACCCGACCAUACAACCACAAGCGUCAUCGAUCUCCCUAGCGAAAAACCCGACUCCGACUCCGACUUGGAUUCUUUUCCACUGACAAUGACCAGUUUCCGUCCCAUAAACGGUCACUUUCCUAGGCAUCCGCUGGUUCCGUUCCGUCAUAAACACGACUGUCAUUCACACAAAAGGUUUAGGCCUUCGAACCCACGGUCCCAGCGCAAGCGCUAUAUUUCUUAUGGCAACGAUAUGGUAUUGUCCGAGGAGAGAAUUGGUUUUGUCACUGAUCAGGCCGAGGAUGGAGCUUAA